GAGUUUGUGUCAAUGAUGAAUGGCUACAAGCGCCCAGAGGGAUACGAGAGUACUGGAGAUAAAUUCGACGACUCAGAGAACGUGAGGCUCCCUAAGCACUUGGACUGGAGGAAGAAAGGAGCUGUCACUGAAGUCAAGGACCAAGGAUCUUGUGGAUCUUGCUGGGCGUUCAGUGCUACUGGAAGUCUCGAGGGUCAACAAUACCUGAAGUCUAAGAAGCUGGUGUCACUCAGUGAACAGAAUCUUUUGGAUUGCUCAGCUGCUGAAGGAAACAAUGGAUGUCACGGUGGUCUCAUGGACAAGUCUUUCACUUACGUACAAAAGAACAAUGGCAUUGACACAGAGGCAUCUUACCCCUACGACGGUUACGUUGGCACUUGCCGCUACAACGCCACGAACAAUGGAGCCACCGACACUGGAUAUGUUGACAUCACCUCAGGCAGCGAGAAGGCUCUGCAGAAGGCUGUGGCCACGGUUGGGCCGAUCUCAGUCGCCAUUGACGGUAGCCACACUUCCUUUAAACACUACAAGAGUGGAGUGUACAAGAAUCCUGACUGCUCUUCAACUGAUGUAAACCACGGUGUUCUGGCUGUUGGCUACGGCUCGGCCAAGAAGGGUGGUGCAUACUGGCUGGUGAAGAACUCAUUGGGAAGUAACUGGGGCAUGAACGGCUACGUCAUGAUGGCUAGGAACCACAAUAACAUGUGCGGUAUCGCCACUCUCGCUAGCUAUCCCAAGGUUUAA